AUGGGAACAAAUAUCACUCAGCAGACAGUCAAUGCCCAGACACAGACAGCAACGGGAACAAAUAUCACUCAGCAGACAGUCAGUACACAGGCACAGACAGCAAUGGGAGCAGAUAUCACUCAGCAGACAGUCAAUGCCCAGACACAGACAGCAAUGGGAACACAUAUCACUCAGCAGACAGUCAAUGCCCAGACACAGACAGCAAUAGGAACAAAUAUCACUCAGCAGACAGUCAAUGCCCAGACACAGACAGCAAUGGGAACAAAUAUCACUCAGCAGACAGUCAACAGUCAAUGCCCAGACACAGACAGCAAUGGGAACAAAUAUCACUCAGCAGACAGUCAAUGCCCAGACACAGACAGCAACGGGAACAAAUAUCACUCAGCACAGACAACAGCAGACAGCAAUGGGAACAAAUAUCACUCAGCAGACAGUCAAUGCCCAGACACAGACAGCAACGGGAACAAAUAUCACUCAGCAGACAGACAAUGCCCAGACACAGACAGCAAUGGGAACAAAUAUCACUCAGCAGACAGUCAAUGCCCAGACACAGACAGCAAUGGGAACAAAUAUCACUCAGCAGACAGUCAAUGCCCAGACACAGACAGCAAUGGGAACAGGUAUCACUCAGUAGACAGUCAAUGCCCAGACACAGACAGCAAUGGGAACAAAUAUCACUCAGCAGACAGUCAAUGCCCAGACACAGACAGCAAUGGGAACAAAUAUCACUCAGUAGACAGUCAGUACACAGGCACAGACAGCGAUGUGAGCAGGUAUCACUCAGUAGAUAGUUAA